UGUAUUUGUAGGGUCCGACGCUUCCCCGAGUUACCAUCUCUGGGGUGGAGUUGGACGUUGUCCUUCGGGCGCCCAGCGCUGCCAGGAGACUCGCAGGAUCAUUUCUCACCGUCCGCUAUGCCUCAGGAAGUAGCUGCCUCUAAUUUGCACCUCCAACCCGGAGUGACCAUAAAAGUAGUCGGAGAAAUACCGAGUGACGCCAAGGAAUUAAAAUUGAACCUGGGAAAGGACCACAUUAACCUGGGCCUGCACAUGCAUGUACGAUUCAACUAUGGUGAUGACAACGAAGAAGUCAUCUACAGCACAAGGCUGGAAGGCUUUUUCGGCAAUGAACAAAAAGAGACUCACUUCCCCUUUGUGACAGGGAGCAGAGUGGAAGUUUCUAUCACCUUUGAUGGGAGGCACUUUACCGUGAGGCUGCCUGAUGGCUUUCAGUCAAAUUUUCCCAAUUUCCUUAACUUACCUGAAAUCAACUUCUUCGAAGUUCUUGGUGACUUCAAGGUUGGAAAGGUCAUCUUCAAAUGAGUCCUCUGAUCAAGUUGGCUUCAAACCAUUUUUGACUGUUGAAAGUCUCUUAUUACUAAUAAAAGU